AUGAAUACAAAUUCUACUGAUUUGAACGGCCAAAUUACCGCUGAAAUUUCAUCAAUACUUUUUCCUAAUGAAAAACAAAGUCAAGAAACAUUUGCCGAUUCAGUAAAUGCCCUUAAUACACGAUUAUUACACGAAUCAUCACAACAAGAACAAUCAAAAGAAAUUUGCAAACAAUCGAUCGAUUCUAAUCAUAUUCAUCGUUCAGCAGCUAUGUCAUCUCUUAACAAUGUUCUUAAUGAACUUAACAAACGUUGUAAUUUUCAUUUUAAUCAGCCUCUUCCUUUCGAAACAUUCGAAACAGAAAUACCAAUUGUAAGGAGUAGUUCAUUAGACAAUGAAGUUCAACGUGAUGAAGAACAUCAAACGAAUGAUCAUCAAAAUACUGAUCAAGAACAUAAAAUUACGACACUAAUUGAUUCUGAAAAUACAUUUCAAAUUAAAGAGAGUUCUGAGCUAAUCGAUUCAAUAAAUCAAACAAAUAAAACAUUUGAAGUUGAACGUGUAGAAACAUUUUCAACAAGUACAUCAAAUUCUAAUACAAAAAUAGUACAUAAUGUAUUUCAAGUAAUGAAAACAGCUGGCGAUGCGUAUGACAUGUUAUUUAUUGAAGACCUAAUAGAUUCUGUAAGUCCAUUACUUCGUGCUUUGGUUAUUCGUGAAAAAUAUAUGUUACGUAGUUUCCAAUCAUAUCCAUCAACGGUUAUAAAUUUUUUAACUAGAAUAUUAGAAGAAGAUGAUCUAUCACGACGUACAUCGUUAAAUGUCAAGCGACAUAGUAAUGAAGUACUUGAGCCAUAUUCUGUACCAGCUUUAAAAUUCGAAAAUCCAUUUAGUAGUAAAUUACCUCCACCUAUUGAUGUUCAUGUUAAAGCAGAAAGAGGUAUAUAUCAUGCUUAUACACUUAAUGAAGAAAAACAAUGGAUACCAGCUGAUUAUAAAUCCGUUAACCGUGAUGAAUUCAUUGACGAUUAUAUCAUUUUAUUAAAACUGAUUAUUGAUGGUCCAUUACAAUCAUUUUGUCAUCGUCGUUUACAAUAUCUUAAGACUAAACAUGAUUUACAUUCUUUACUUAGUGAAGUUAAAGAAUGGGGAGAAGUUCAAUCAACACCAUAUAGAGAUUUUUAUAAUGUUCGAAAAGUUGAUACACACAUUCAUGCAGCAUCAUCAAUGCAUCAAAAAUGUUUAUUAAGUUUUAUAAAGAAAAAAAUGGAAGUAUCAAGUAAUAUGAAAGUUUAUAAGAAAAAAGAUGGUACUACUAUGACAUUAAAAGAAGUUUUUGAUGAAUUAAGAAUUAAUAUUAAUGAUAUAAAUGUAGAUCUACUUGGUGUUCAUGCUGUAAGUAAAUAA